UAUUUGAUGAUAGGUAUUUUUUAUUCAGUCGUUUAAUCUCAAUAUGAAUUCUCUGCACGAGCAAUCGUAAACGACGCUCUAUUUAGGAAAUUCUUGAAAUAUAUCAAUAAUGCAAAGGUUCGUCAAGUGUAGUUCCCAUGGCUAAGCCCACAGGUUGGAUUGAUUCUAGUCGCUAUAGCCAUGGAGACGGAGUCAGUGAGGUCAGAGUUGAGUAGUCGGUCGCGAAGAAGCUCUAGACAUCGUCAACACACUCAUCGAAGCACCCGAAGUACAAAAUCUCAAAGAAAAGACUGCGGAGACAUGGCACCAUUUCAAACCAGUGUUAACAUAAAUCCCGAAAUGGGCCGAGAUGGACAAGAGGUUAUUGAAGUCCAAAUAUUACCACAAGAUGAGAACUGGGGUGAGACCACAACAGCUGUCACGGGAAACACAUCAGAAGGCUCACAGUCUAUGGAAGACAUCAGCAACUGGCCCAUUGAAUCGGAUUCUGGCCUUGGUUUCAUGUGCUCUAGAUAUUUCGGGACCACAUUGACUUUAGGACUUUCUUUUGUGUCGUUUGUGAGCCCAUUGGCCAUGGUUGUGUUGCCAAAAAUAGGAUUUUUCCCUGGAUUAUCUGAUAACAUAGCAAUACAACCAAGUCAGAGGAUACAACUACUUGCUUGCACUGCUGAAUGUAAAGGAAUAUUACUGUCACUAGCGUUCAAACUAGUUUUACUUGCAAUUGGAGUUUGGGCUGUAUUCCUGAGGCCUAGGAAUGCGAUAUACCCAAGGAUUUUUGUUUUCCGUGCUAUGACGUUAGUAAUAUUAGCUGUCUGUACAUUUUCGUACUGGCUAUUCUACAUUGUACAGAUUACUGAGGCCUCGAAAGCUUUAGCUGUGGGUGAAGAAGCUAUAGAUUAUAAUUCUUUAGUGUCUUACGUAUCAAGCUUUGCAGAUACACUUUUGUUUAUACAUUACAUAGCAGUGAUACUGAUGGAGAUUCGGCAUCUUGAGCCAGUAUACUAUAUAAAGAUAGUUCGGAGUCCAGAUGGAGAGAGUAGAUCGUAUGCUAUUGGGCAGCUUAGCAUCCAAAGAGCGGCGGUGUGGGCCCUGCAGAAGUAUUACACAGAGUUCCCAAUUUAUAAUCCAUACUUGGAAAAGAUACCAAUAGCUAAGUCGCAGAGGAAGGGGACAUCAAGUAUUAAAUUCUAUGACGUGGACGGGAAUACUAAUGCACCUUCAGGACAAGCCAGAUCGACGACGGGGUCGUGGUCGGGCAGCGGAGCGCGCCGCGGGUCUGCGCACAACGAGCGCUACCACGAGGAGGCGGAGCGCGAGCGCCGCGUGCGCAAGCGCCGCGCGCGCCUGCUCUGCGCCGCCGACGACGCCUUCGCGCACGUGCGCCGCGUGCGCGUCUCUACUGCUAACGGCGGAGCCCUAGGUCCGCGCGAGGCGGCCGCGGCGGUGUUCCCGUCGCUGGCGCGCGCGCUGCAGAAGUACCUGCGCGCUACACGACAACAGCCGAGGCACUCUGCUGACUCCGUGCUAGCCCAUUUGGCUCGCUGUCUCUCCCAAGACGCAUCUCCCCGCGCCUUCCUGGAGCCCUUCCUCGUAGAAGGCCCAGUGUUGGCCAACGACCAGGAAGGAAGGCCCAUCCAACGCUGGUCUUUGAUAUCCGACGAGUUACUAGCGCGCCCCCUUGCGGACAACAUCGAGUUUCAACUCCGUCAAGGUGACAUCUCUUUAAUUUGCUCCAUAAAACAGCUCCCCAAGUUCAGUUUGACCGAGGAAGUGGUUGACCCGAAGAGUAAUAGGUUUGUGCUAAGGUUGAAUUCCGAAACGUCAGUUUGACAGUACGACAGAGACGAGCAUAGGCUUGUAUGACAUUUAGAAGUUUUUUAGGUUAGCUGUCAAAAUGUGUAUGAUCCAUGACUUGAAUGAAAUUAGGAAACUUGUGCUUGAAAUUACGCUCACAAAUUAUAUACAAAAGUGAAUUUUUAAAUAUGCGUAAAUGCGAAUGCCGCCUGUUUGGAAAAUCGCUCUUAUUCUUAUAAAGUUAAAAGGAUACUAUAAGCGAAAGUAUGUUUCGUCUCGUUCUGUCAAUGACAAAUAUUGCGAUAGUGACAAAACAUAUUUUGCUUUAACAACUUAUAUAAAUAAGACGGUAAAAUUUUAUUUCCUAUUUUGGGAGAAUAUGCUUCAAAGAUUAGAUACCUACUAGUGCAAACAUGACUUAACUACGUAGUUAGAAUUUUAAGUUUUGAUUGAGUGAAUUGACUUUUUUUUACCAUGAAGCUUAAGUACUCUGAGUGUGAAUCUCAUAGGAUAUUAGAUUGUUGUUCGUGACAUUAUUGUGCAAUCAAAAUUAUUGUUAAAGCAACUAAUGAUGACAAAAUUACAUUGAUCCAGUGAAAAAUCACAGAUGAGAAACGAUUUUUAUUUAUUUUUAAAUUAGUAAAAAUUAGAUUAUGAUUACUA